GUCUCACAACCAGGGGCUCUCUCUCUCCUGCCCAUCUCUCUCCUAAUUUUCUCCGUGGAGAGAAAACGAGUGAUUUGACAAUAAAAUCAUAAAAACAACUUUGGCCUGUGAUCUUGUGUGGACGCCUACUCUUCACCUCCAAUUUGUCAACCCAGAACCUUCCCUCUCUCGUGUCUUUGAUUUUUUUUUUUUUUUUUGACAUGGUCUCGUGUCUUUGAUUGAACAACCAUUUCUUCAUUGAAACCCAUUUUGAUUUGGUCCGUCGGGGAGAGAGAGAGACGUUCAUAGAAAGGGUAGAAAAAGAAAAAAAAAAAAGGCAGCCAAUUAAUGCGAGUUGGUUUCGUUUCUCACAUGUGGGUUCUUUUCACCUUCUCUUAAUGACUAAGCAUACUCGAUUGAAAAUCCCCUCCAACCUCUUCCCUUUGUAAACCCCAUAUAUAUACACAGACGUAUGCGUGUGUAUUUUUAUAUGCACGCAAAAUUCGAUCAGAGAAAGGCAAAUUAAACUAGUUCUUGGUAAAAUCGAUGGAGGUUUAUGGAUACCCGUCUCAUUCCCUGCCUAUGUAUUCGUUCGGGAAUUUGAUCGAUAAAGCCAAAGAAUUCUUCAGAUUCGGGGUCUCUACGGUCAUUGGGAAUGUGUUUUCUGCGAUUUUCACCUUCUUCUUCGCUUUAGUGGGUACUUUAUUAGGAGCAAUGACGGGAGCUUUGAUAGGCCAAGAGACCGAGAGCGGGUUUGUGCGUGGGGCUGCAGUUGGAGCCAUCUCUGGAGCUGUUUUCUCUAUUGAGGUUUUCGAAGCUUCACUUGUUCUCUGGCAAUCAGAUGAAUCUGGAAUUGUGUGUCUGCUCUACUUGAUUGAUGUUAUUGCAAGCCUUCUAAGUGGUAGACUGGUGCGUGAGAGAAUCGGUCCGGCCAUGUUGAGUGCAGUGCAAAGUCAGAUGGGUGCUGUUGAAGUAAGUUUUGAAGAGAUCCCCAAUAUGUUUGAAACUGGGGGCUCUAAGGGUUUGGCUGGAGAUAGAGUUGAAAAGAUUCCGAAGGUCAAAAUCACUAGCAACAACAAUGUAGAUGCAUCCGGGGAGAAAGCCUCCUGUUCCGUGUGUCUUCAGGACUUUCAGCUUGGUGAGACUGUUAGAAGUUUGCCCCAUUGUCAUCACAUGUUCCACCUACCAUGCAUUGAUGAGUGGCUGGUAAGACAUGGUUCUUGCCCUCUAUGCAGAAGAGAUCUGUAAUUACGUCUUGAUGUAAAUUUUCCGGACACAAAGAGCUCUUUGGUUAUUUUUUUAGUUGCAGGAUUUUUCUGUUUUGUUCUUGAAAACACUCAGAUAGACCAUUUUCCGGAUCACUUUGUACAUUUUCGUAUGAGCGCAACGUACCACGAGUUUGGUCAUUGUACUUCACCAGCUUUCUGUAUAAAAACUUUUCGAGUUACUGAUUA